AUGCGGCACGACAUUCUAAAACCGCGAUCGAUCAGAAAAACAAAGCUGGCAAAUUUACCAACUGCAGUGCCGCAAUCAUUCACAAAGAUAAACCAGAAACGGAUGAAAAUUGAAAGACCGUGGUCAAAGUGGAAGAUGAAUACGCGGACAGGUGUGCAAUACCGGUAUGAGAGAGAAGAAAGUGUGCUGAUGGAUCGGUAUAACGGUCUAGAUGAGGGUAUAAAGGGGCUGGUGAAGGUUGAAGAAUCUUUGGUCAACGUGCUCAGGAACAAAAUGAAAAAUGAUGAGCUGUACAAUACCAAGAAGUGA